AAUUUGGUUGAGAUUAUGGCAUCUUUUGCAAUUUACCAGAAGCUAAAGGGGAGUUUAGUGUAAUUAUAGGGGAAAUGAAGGGUAUAUUAGAAAAUGGACCAAAAGAGUAUAUAGCUGGAAGCACAAGAGAAGAAGCCUGGCUUUGUUCACUGGACUACAUAUAUCCCUCCUGCAGACCCAAAAUAUCUCUUCAGUGGUUCUAGUUCGCUUCCAAUUCGCGAAUCCCUAGAAGAAUUAAUGGAACAGAGGAAGUACAGAGCCGAUCUUCUUUCACCGGCCUUCCUUGUCCUCCUCCUUUUCCUCUCCCUUUCCGGUCGAUCGGCUGUUCACGCCUACAAGAACUACACCGUCGGAGACUCCCUAGGCUGGUUCGACAAAUUGGAGAAACCUGCCGUCGAUUAUCAAAAAUGGACGGUCGGCAAGAACUUCAGCCUCGGCGAUUUUCUAAUUUUUAACACCGACAACAAUCACUCGGUUGUGCUUACGUAUAAUUUCACCACAUACAAGCUAUGCGACUACGACGACGCAUCGGAACAUGACACGACAGAAUGGUCCGCUGCUGACCCGUCGGCGACCACUCCAUACGCCGUGACGGUGGCCGUCCCACUGCUAAAAGAAGGGACCAACUAUUUCUUCUCCGGCCACUACGACGGAGAGCAAUGUCAAAAUGGGCAACAAUUCAAAAUAAACGUCACUCACGGACAGGGCCUCCCGAAGAGCAUGAGAGAUUCUUCCGACGAAGCUCCUGCUCCUGUAGUUCCCGACACCGGCGACCAAACUGAAUCUGCUCCCGACACCAUUGUCCCUUCCAACUUCGACAAUCCCGUAAACGACGUAGCUGAUAGCGACAAGGAGGUUUCGGGCUCCGUUUCGCUAUCGCUUCACUCGAAGUUUAAUGAGUUUUUCUUCGUGUUAGCUGGUAUUGCCUCUGCCUGCAUUUUUCUCUGUACUGAAUGAUUGUAUUUUCUUACUUUUGUUUAUUUUUUAAUUUCAUUAUUACGGGUUUUCAUUUUGCAAUAAUGUGGGUCUUUUUACUGGGCGUUCAAGUAUUAGUACACACGGGUUAGAUUAUAGGUUUUAUUUAGGAUUUUCUACCCUCUUUUGUGCAUUCAUAUGUACUGCUAGUGGCACCACUUUAUUUACUUAUUUCUGUCA